GCGGACCCUCCGCUUCCGCUUCCACUUCCGCAUCCGUGCGCUAUCAAAUGGAGUCUUCCUUUCUGGGCUCGAGCUGCUUCGGCUCGGCGGAGUUGGGUAGCGCCAUGGCGUUGACAAGAGCCAGAGAGGAGGGGGGAGGGAGGCACUUCUCCUCUCGCUUGCGGGCCGGUGAAGUGCUGAUGAUGGGCGUCGCACCGAAAACUACGAAGACGAUGGGGAAAUCAAGGAGCAAGUCUACAGCGUCGUCAGACAGCAUAAAGUCGAUCGUGGCCAGAGAGAUCAUCGAUAGCCGGGGAAAUCCGACGGUGGAAGUGGACAUAGAGACGCAGGACGACCGCGUGUACCGAUCGGCGGUGCCCAGCGGCGCAUCCACGGGGGUCUACGAGGCACUUGAGCUGCGAGAUGGUGAUGCAACCAGAUUUGGCGGGAAAGGUGUUCGAAAAGCGGUCGCCAACGUCAACGACGUGAUCGCGCCUAAGUUGAUUGGCCUCAACCCGAAGGACCAGAGUUCCAUUGAUGAGGUAAUGCUGGAGCUGGAUGGGACAGCGAACAAGUCUUCUCUGGGUGCCAAUGCAAUCUUAGGAGUGUCACUGGCAGUUUGCAGAGCAGGUGCGGGAGCUGUGGGGCUGCCUCUGUACAGGCAUAUCCAGUCUUUGGCUGGUAUAAGCGAACUGGUAAUGCCGGUGCCAGCGAUGAAUGUGAUCAACGGUGGCAGCCAUGCAGGCAACAAAUUGGCCAUGCAGGAGUUCAUGAUACUCCCCGUGGGUGCUACCUCAUUUGCAGAAGCAAUGCAAAUGGGUUGUGAAGUGUACCAUGCCCUGCGGGGCAUAAUCAAGAAGAAGUAUGGCCAAGAUGCUUGUAAUGUUGGAGAUGAGGGCGGAUUUGCACCCAACAUUCAGGACAACAGGGAAGGCUUAAAUCUGCUGAUGUCUGCAAUUGACCAGACAGGAUACAUGGGGAAGGUGAAAAUCGGGAUGGACGUUGCCGCCUCUGAGUUUCUUGUGAAGGGAGAAAGUAAAGGCACAACAGGAGGCGGCCAAAGAUACGACCUCAAUUUCAAGCAGGAGCCAAACGACGGGGCAGAUGUGAUAAGCGCUGAUGAGCUUGCUUCUCUGUACGAGUCAUUUGUCCGAGAUUUCCCUAUAGCAUCCAUCGAAGACCCAUUUGAUCAGGAUGAUUGGGAUGCCUGGUCGAAUCUGCAGAAAAGACUGAAUGUCCAGGUCGUAGGUGACGACCUUCUGGUGACAAAUCCACAGAGGAUCGCCACUGCUAUUGAACGAAAGGCUUGCAAUGCUCUUCUUCUCAAGGUGAAUCAAAUUGGUACAGUCAGUGAGUCUAUACGAGCUGCCCUUGACUCCAAGAAGGCUGGGUGGGGAGUGAUGGUCAGCCACCGCAGUGGAGAGACAGAGGACAAUUUCAUUGCGGAUCUGGCGGUGGGGCUCGCAAGUGGACAGAUUAAGACCGGUGCACCGUGCAGAAGCGAACGGCUUUCAAAGUACAAUCAGCUUUUGCGAAUUGAACAGGAGCUUGGAGAUGUUCCGUAUGCGGGGGAAUCGUUUAGGAGACCUGAGGUGUCAUUCGGAUGAAAUUUUACCCUCCUCUUGUAGGUUCCUAAAUUUUGCUUUGGAUUCUUAAUUUUGAUUUGCUUUGCAUUUUGUCUGGACUCUUUUUAUCUC